AUGUCUGCACCCACGAGAACCGAAACGGAUGCCUUCGGGCCCAUCGAUGUCCCCUCAGACAAAUACUGGGGUGCACAGACGCAAAGAUCUCUGGGCAAUUUCAAGAUCAAUCAGCCUCAAGAUCGAAUGCCAGAAGGUGUUGUGCGCGCAUUUGGUAUCCUGAAAGGGGCCGCUGCAACUGUGAACAUGAGAUAUGGCCUUGAAACAGACCCUAAAAUUGGAGAGGCGAUCCAGCAGGCUGCCGCCGAAGUUGCUUCCUUGAAGUUGGUCGACCAUUUCCCUCUCGUCGUCUGGCAAACAGGUUCCGGCACGCAGUCCAAUAUGAACGCAAAUGAGGUCAUCUCAAAUCGGGCAAUUGAGAUUCUGGGCGGACAAAUGGGCAGCAAGAAGCCUGUUCAUCCUAAUGACCACGUCAACAUGUCAGGUAGCUCCAAUGAUUCCUUUCCUACGGUCAUGCACAUUGCUGCUGUUCUUGACUUCGAAGAGAGACUCAUCCCUGCUCUCAAGAACCUGAGGGAGGCCCUGCAGAAGAAGGUGGAAGCAUUCGACAAGAUCAUCAAAAUUGGCAGGACACAUUUGCAGGAUGCUACACCCUUGACACUCGGCCAAGAGUUCAGUGGAUAUGUGGCUCAGCUUGAUCGAAACCUUGAGAGGGUCCAAGCUUGCCUCCCGCAUCUACGACAGUUGGCUCAGGGCGGUACUGCAGUCGGUACCGGUCUCAACACCUUCAAAGGCUUUGCGGAGGGAAUUGCUGAAGAGGUGACCAAGAUGACAGGCACAGAAUUCGUGACUGCUCCCAAUAAGUUCGAGGUCUUGGCCGCUCACGAUAGCAUCGUUGAGGCUUCCGGAACAUUGAACACCCUUGCCUGCAGUCUCUUCAAGAUUGCGCAGGAUAUAAGAUACCUUGGCUCGGGGCCUCGUUGCGGUCUUGGAGAGUUGGUCCUCCCAGAAAACGAGCCUGGCAGCAGCAUCAUGCCCGGAAAGGUCAAUCCUACUCAAUGCGAGGCUAUGACUAUGGUUGCUGCCCAAGUCAUGGGAAAUCAUACCGCAGCAACGAUUGGUGGCAUGAACGGCCAAUUCGAACUCAAUGUCUUCAAACCUCUAUUGAUCCGAAAUCUCCUUCAUAGCAGCAGGAUCUUGUCGGAUGCAAUGAAUGGAUUUGUCGAGCAUCUGGUCGAUGGUCUGAAGGCGGACGAAAAGCGAAUCUCCACGCUUCUUCAUGAAAGUCUCAUGCUCGUCACCUGCCUCAAUCCCGUAAUUGGCUACGACAUGGCCUCAAAGGUGGCGAAGUAUGCCCACAAAAAGGGCCUAACUCUAAAACAAUCGGCGAUGGAAUUGAAGGCUCUCUCGGAGGAGGACUUUGACAAAUACGUUCGACCCGAGCUCAUGCUUGCACCGAAGGAAAAGAAGUGA